GAAACUCACCAAAUAGCAGUUCUGUCUGGCGAUGCACCUGAUUCAGGAGAAGGUGAAAGGAGUGGAUCCUCCUCAGAGUCUGAGCCCUGAGAUGAUACCACCGUCUGAGAGAAAAGCCGUCAGCACUCGGGACAGCAGGAGUAUUGUUGGGUUGGUUGAGCUGACGGGAAUCAAGGACCUCGAUGACAUCAACCAGGAAAUCUCCCAGCUGCAGAGUGAGAAACGCAUAUUGGAGACAGAAAUCAGGCAGAAAGAAGAAGCCCUGCGAAAGAGGAAUAGCGAAGUGCAGGAGGAUGCAUUGGUUAAGUCCAGGAUGGCUGUGUUUAACAGUAGCGGCUCUCAAGGCCUAAACAUAGACCCCUUCCAGAGCGAAGACCCCUUCAAUAAAGGUUGGCUCAUGCAUCAAACACAUUCAGUUCACACUCAAUAAUGGUUUCUAUUCUCCUGUUGUCAUGCAGAUUUUGGGAUGUUGCAUAAAGAAUGCUGGAUGGAAAGACCUAGAUGCACAAUUCAGAAUUUAUAUCUCACAGUGAUCAGAAAAAAAGUCUAAAAUACAGGGUGAUUAAAUUAAUCAGGCAUACUUUUUGAUUAAUUAAAUCAAACCAUUCCUAUGGAAUCCAUAAAAUUGUAAA